UGUGGGAUUACUUUGUUCAAACAAUAUGGCGGCUCGUUUCCCAGCGUCUGCCUCAAUGCAGAAAAUGGCAAAUAAUCCACAACAAGCCUCUAUGUUUCAGCGGUCUCAGUUCCAGCAGUCACCAUAUGGAAUGGCACGUCCUGCCACUAGUUCUAGUGCUGCCAUGGCCAUGAGAAUGCAGGGAGCAUCGGGUAUGCAUGCUUACGGCCCAAAUGUACCCCGAGCAGGACUGGUUCCUGGAGCUGCUGCCGCCAUAGAGCAGGCAAGAAGACGGCAGGAUGCAAAAAACAGGAGAAGAAAGAAGAAAAUGGCAGACAAGAUCUUGCCACAAAGGGUCCGUGACCUGGUACCAGAAUCCCAAGCAUACAUGGAUCUGCUUGCAUUUGAAAGGAAGCUGGAUGCUACCAUUAUGCGUAAGAGAUUAGACAUCCAGGAAGCUUUGAAAAGACCAAUGAAGCAAAAGAAGAAGUUGAGGAUCUACCUGACAACUAACUUUUAUAUGCCAAGACAAGAUAGUGAAGAUGAAGAAAACAUUGUUCCUUCAUGGGAACUGAGAGUGGAAGGUCGACUUUUGGAAGAGACUCAGCCCCCAAAGACAGAUGGCCCAAGACAGAAACGAAAGUUUUCUACCUACUUCAAGAGUCUUGUCAUUGAGUUGGACAGAGAGUUGUAUGGCCCAGAUAAUCACCUUGUUGAGUGGCAUCGAACAAGUUCAACCCAAGAAACAGAUGGCUUCCAGGUGAAAAGACCAGGAGAGGAAAAUGUAAAAUGUACCAUAAUGUUCUUGUUGGAUUACCAGCCCCCCCAGUACAAACUUGAUCCCAGGCUAGCUCGACUGAUGGGUAUCCACACUCAAACAAGACCAGUGAUUGUCAAUGCCAUAUGGCAAUACAUUAAGAGUCAUAAUUUGCAAGAUUCACAUGAGCGGGAAUACAUUAACUGUGACAGAUACUUCCAACAGAUUUUUGAAUGCAAUCGCAUGAAAUUUAGUGAGAUUCCUCAGCGUCUAAGUGCCUUGUUACUACCACCUGAUCCUAUUGUGAUACAUCACCUUAUAAGCAAGGAUACGCCUGAGAACAAGAGAACAACCUGCUAUGAUAUUGAAGUAGAAGUUGAUGACACUCUGAAGGCCCAGAUGCAGUCUUUCCUUCUUUCCACUGCCAGCCAAAAUGAGAUUUCUGCUUACGACAACAAGAUAUACGAAACAGUGGAGACCAUUAAUCAGCUGAAAAUCAAUCGCGAAUUUUUCCUUGGGUUUGCAAGAGAUCCCCCGGAAUUUAUAAACCAGUGGAUACAAUCUCAGAGCCAGGAUCUCAAGGUCAUGACAGAUGUGGUCGGCAAUCCAGAGGAAGAGCGGCGAGCAGAUUUCUUUCAUCUUCCUUGGUCGCAAGAAGCUGUGUGCCGCUACUUUUACGGCAAGGUUCAACAGAAACGAGCUGAGCUUGAGCAAGCUUUGGGUAUCAGAGGAACAUAACUCAGAUGUGCACGUGACAGUCGCGUGAUUACAGUCAAAUGGAUUGGUAUGUGCACGUUGCGAUCACAUGUGAAGGGUUUAUUAUGGCAUAACCACGAAAAAGCGUGCCACGACCCCUUAUCACGACUUCAUUUGGCAGUGCGAGGAGAACUUCAGCCUUUUUGCAGAACAAUCAACUGAAAGGCUCAACACAUUAUUAUCUGUUUUGUUGUUGUCUUGGUGUUAUCCACUGCAUCAGCUCUACACACUGAGUAGUUCUGCAGAGUAGCAUUUGUACUUGAGCAUUUGAACCGUGUUUAUUAAAUUGUCAGCUUUAUUCAG